AAUCGCACAAGGGGAAUGCAACGAGGGAACAGUUCAGUGUUAACCGACGAAGGAGUGUCAUUUCAUCGUCGUUUUGUCAGAUCUUUACGUCAGGUUCAAGUAUAAUGAAGUCAUCUAUGAAAAUGGGGGUGAUAGCCUUAAUAGGUCUGUUCGUGGUGUUUUAUCAAUACCAUUUGUCAACCAGCGUACGAUUCGAUCAAAUCGCAGAUUUCAACACGGAUGGUUCCGCGGAAGACAGCCCUGUUCUAUCCCAGGAAGAGGUAGAGCGCUAUAUCAAAAGCGCUGUGCAUAAAGUUCAAGAGAUGAACGGACUCAGUCCGGACAUAGCCUCGAUGUUAGUGCAGCAGUUGACGAAUCAUUUGCACAAGGAUAUUCUCGAACUGUCCGAGAAUAAUUUGAAGAAUGAUCAAAACGUAUCGUUGAACGAGGAUAGACAAGAAUCGUCGAUGAAUUCGGAUAAAAUACCGGAACCGUUGUAUAUAAUCACACCGACGUAUCGUCGGCCAGAACAAAUACCGGAACUCACCAGAAUGUCGCAUACUUUGAUGUUGGUAAAGAAUGUUCACUGGCUCGUUAUAGAGGACGCGACCGUUGCCACUAAACAAGUCACGAGGUUGUUGGAACGAACAGGAUUGAAGUUCGAGCAUCUGACUGCUCCGAUGCCUGAAAAGUACAAGCAGAAAAAGGGUGCCAAACCACGAGGUGUGUCCAAUCGGAAUCGUGGCUUACAAUGGAUCAGGGCAAAUGCAACUAAUGGCGUCUUCUAUUUCGCCGAUGAUGACAAUACCUAUGAUAUAGCACUCUUCGACGAAAUACGUAAAACGAAACGAGUCUCCAUGUUUCCUGUCGGCUUAUGCACCAAAUUUGGUUUGAGUUCGCCCAUUAUUAAGAAGGAAAAAUUCAUCGGAUUUUACGAUGGAUGGAUCGCCGGUCGGAAAUUCCCAGUUGAUAUGGCAGGUUUUGCUGUAAACGUGAAGUUUCUGCUUCAAAGGCCAAAUGCCUCGAUGCCAUUCAAAGCUGGAUACGAGGAAGAUGGAUUUUUGAAAAGUUUGGCACCGUUUGCCGAAGAAAUUGAAUUCCUGGCCGAUAAUUGCACCAAGGUACUCGCUUGGCAUACGCAGACGAAAAAGAACGAACCAAGUGCGCCCCUCGAUAUGAAACUGUACGGUGAAACGAACCUAGUUAAAUUAAAACAACAAAUAGUAUGAUGUUAGGUCGAUAGCGACUGCAUUUUCGAGUUCGAUCUAAUUUUAACGAUUAAUAAGUACGACAAACAAAGUGAUUCAGUGCCUGAAGUAUUGUAAAAAGUACGAUUGGCGUAGUAAUGAUCUUCUUUUUUUUCUAAUCUUUUUACAAUUUAUUUAAGAUCUCCAUAGGAAAUAUUGUAAUAUAAAUAAUCUUUAUAAUGUUGUUUUUUUUUUUUUGUUUUUUUAAGCUUGUUAUUAAUCUUGAGCAAUUGAAUUUGGAGAAAAAAAAUAUGAAUUUCUUUUGUAGCUUAAAUUUAAAAAAAAAAAAAAUUAAUGUGCAAAAAAAGAAUUGAUCUAAUCUUGUUAUGGAAGUAUGUUUCUGUAUAAUAUAGUGAUAUUUUACAUAUAAUAUAUUUAAUUAAUAUUAAAAUUUUAGUUGUUGCAAUAAUUACUUAAUAAAAUGAAGACCAAUUAGCGCGGGAAAAGUGAUUCAAUUGAAAGUUAUUCGAUGCGAUAAUAUUAUGAUAAGAAAAAUAUUUAUAUUAGAGAAAAAAUUUUUAUUGCUCGGUAUAACUUCUUGCAUUCUUCUUCUUCUUUUUACUUUAUAAGUUGUCUGUUUUUCAUUUAUUCUAGCUUCGCAACUAUGCAUUUAUUUUUUAUCUGAUUAAUGAAUCAACUGCUUCUUUAAAAUCACACAUCGAAUAUUCAUUAAGUUUUUUUAAUGUAAAAAAAAGUAAAUGCAAAUUACCCUUUGUACUUAUUCUUAUAUAAGUAUCGUUUUAAAUUAUAUUUCCAUGAUAUAUUUCUGUCAAACAAGAAACAUGUACGAUAAUUUGUCAUGCGAAAUAGCGAAUAGGAAAUUAUUUUAUUACUCUGUUUUUAUAAUUAGAUCCUUGCAUUUUUAUCGUUUCUUUAAUAUUAUUAUUUCACAUUACUUCCUGUUAUUUUUAAGAAAAUUGAUUGAUAUAUUGAUUGUAUAAUAUAUAACAUUAAGUGAACGAAAAAAAAAGAAAAAAGACGACGAUAAAAGAAAAUAUUACGUGCACUGGUUUUUAAUAGAACGUAAAUAAUAUCAUAAAAUUAAGAUUAUCGCAAUUUGCAAUAAAAAA